AUAUUAGGUGCGCUGCCGCUCGUUUGUCGCGUGAGGAAAGAUAAAGGUGUCUGUUUGAGUUCAUCUAUAAAUACUGUGAAGAAGUCAAACAAGCAGCUGCUUUCACAACACAUUCAACUACUCUACUAUUCUGAUCCACUGUUGUAAUGAUGGAGUGUGUUAAAGAGGAGACUGAUCCUGAAUCAUUCACAAUAACACCUCAACAUAUUGAACAACAAAGAGACUUGGCAGUGAAAGAGGAAGUGAAAGAGGAAGUGAAAGAGGAAGGUGAAGAAUGCGAAGAACUGAAGGAUGAACAUCAGGACCACAAUAAUCCGAGCUGCUCAGAAACUGAUCAGAAAUCCCCUCAAGAAAGAGUUAAAGCAAACAAUGUUUUUGAAUGCCAUUUUUGUGAUAAGACUUUCUCAAACAGAGGGCACCUAACAAGUCACCUAAAAACUCACACUGAGGCUUUCAUCCAUAAAAGUAAACUUAGGGAUCACAUGAAGAGUCACACAGGUGAGAAGCCCUUUGCCUGCCCUCAGUGUGAUAAACGUUUCAGUAUUAUAGGAAGACUUAAUGCUCACAUGAAGACUCACAGUACUGAAAGUCCGUACAUUUGCCCUCAAUGUGGAAAGGGUUUCUUCUUUAAAGCAAGUCUAAAGAACCACAUACGCAUUCACACUGGUGAGAGACCUUUUAAAUGCCCUCAGUGUGAUAAGAGUUUUAAACAAAGGGGACCUCUUAAGCAUCACAUACGAAUUCAUACAGAUGAGAGCCCUUUCUCAUGCGAUGUGUGUGGUGAAAGUUUUAAAACAAAUGAAAAUCUAAAAUAUCACAUGCAAGCUCAUACAGGUGAGAAGCCAUUCUCAUGCGACGUUUGUGGUAAAAGCUUUAAAAAAAAAAAAUAUCUUAAGAAUCACAUACGAAUUCAUACAGGUGAGAGCCUUGUCUCAUGCGAUGUGUGUGGUAAAAGUUUUAAAACAAAUGAAUAUAUUAGGCAUCACAGGAGAGUUCAUACAGAUGAAAAGCCUUUCUCAUGCGACGUGUGUGGUAAAAGUUUUAAAACAAAUGAAUAUCUUAAGAAUCACAUGCGAGUUCAUACAGAUGAAAAGCCUUUCUCAUGCGACGUGUGUGGUAAAAGUUUUAAAGUAAAAGAAUAUCUUAAGCAUCACAUGCGAGUUCAUACAGAAGAAAAGCCUUUCUCAUGCGACGUGUGUGGUAAAAGUUUUAAAAUGAAAGAAUAUCUUAAGGAUCACAUACGAGUUCAUAACGCUGAGAAGCCUUUCUCAUGCGAAGUGUGUGGUAAAAGUUUUAAAAUGAGAGAAUAUGUUAGGGAUCACAUGCGAAUUCAUACAGCUGAGAAGCCUUUCUCAUGCGACGUGUGUGGUAAAAAUUUUAAAAUGAAAGAAUAUCUUGGGGAACACAUGCGAGUUCAUACAGCUGAGAGCCCUUUCUCAUGCGACGUGUGUGGUAAAAGUUAUAAGCAUAAAGUAUCUCUUAUGAAUCACAUGCGAAUUCAUACAAGGAAUGUGCAGGUUUGUCGGAUUUUCAUUUUGAGUACUCCUCGAGUCUUAAAGGUGCUCUAAGUGAAUUCGCUUAGAGCUCCUUUAAAAACAAGUUGUUGAUUAAUCUGAAGGCAAGCAUAAGGGGCGAUGCGUACGCAUCAUGAUGAAAAUGUAAAUAUAUAUUUUAAAAUUUCACACUGGUCAUACUUAACCAGGUGUUAUGAGAUAACCCUUGGGUACUCAUUAUCUCAGGUUUCACACUGUGCAUUCCUAAAUCCUGAGUUAACGUUUUAUUUGCAUAUUUGCAGUGGCAACAGUCAAGAUUGAAUUAAAAGCGAUGUAAAACUGACUAAAUUAAAAUAGCCGCUGCUUGUCUCGUGCUUCCACAUCGGUGACAAACAGCUCACUUUUUGUGAGCAAGGGCUACCACAUUUUUUUAUUUUAUUGAUUUAUUGACUUUUGAUUUUAUUGAUUUUAUAGGUUGAUAUGUUUUUAUCAUUUUUUUAAAAUUCUAACAUACUUAAAAGAAUCCAAGCAAAUAUAGAAAAUGUAUAGAAAUGUAUAGAAAAUGUGCGGUCAAUCUGUUGGAGACCACUGAUC